UCCGUGUAAAAAAAAAAGCUGUCCCAAACAUGCCGCGUGGAUCAGGAAAGAAGGCCGCCCAGAAGAGCGCAACGAUCGCUGGGCCAAGCAACGACUUCGGCUUUGAGAAGUUUGAAGAGGAGGUCGAGUCACAGACAAGCCACCGAGAUGAGGAGACUCCCAUCCUGCCCAAGACGUCUAAGAAGCGCAGCUACCUUGAUGAGGAUGAGGAGGAGGAAGAGACGACGGCUGGUCAUGAGGCCUUCGGAGGGGAGAUGAAGAAUCUGCUGGAGUCCUUCGGUGCUGAUAUCUCCAAGACGUUGUCGGCCAAGAGAAAGCGGCUGGAGAUGUUCACACACAGCGCAGUGAAGGCCAGCAACCACAAGGUGGAGAACACCUGGAUGGCACAGCACUCCGAGAGGAUGAAGCUGAGCAGUGAGUACCAGACACAGGUGCAGACUGUAAUGAACCAGUGGGACUCGGACAUCCAGAAGUUUAAGGAGCAGGAGGAGAAGCUUCAGAACCUGUUCAAGCAGCAGCAGAAGCUCUUCCAGCAGCAGAGGGUAAUCCAGAGUCAGCGGCUCAAGACACUCAGGCAGCUCCACGACCAGUACACUAAGGGCAUGGAUGAGCUGGAGCACUGUCAUCAGGACCAGCAGGGCUCCAUGCAGGUAGAACUGAGGAAGGAGAUGGCUCUGCUGCAGAAGAAGAUCCUCAUGGAUACGCAACACCAAGAAAUGGCAGCUGUUCGCAAGUCUCUCCAAACCAUGCUGUUUUAGCAGUCUGUUUUCACAGAGUUGAUAUAUGCUGAAAGUGAAAUAUGCUGAAACAUAGUCUGUGCUAACAUAAGAUGAUGAGAUCAAAGAUAAAGGAAUGUUCAGUUAAGCAUUUAUUGUUGCUUGUAGCUAGAUUAGUAGUCAAUUAGAUGUUGCACUUUUUGAAGAAAAAAAAAAGCUUUCAUGAUUUGUGCACUGUUUUUCUUCUCAAGCAUUAGCUUCUAAGAAAGUGUACGUCACAUCAACUCUGUUAUUGAUUUACAUAGGUUUUAGAUGGGUUUGUCUUGUAUCAUUGGGCAUGUGAAGUAGUAUAGUCUCUGUUUUAUCCCUGUAUAUGUUGUUAAUAUGAA